AUGUCGCCGGCUGCCAUCAUCAACAACGCACCGCUACCCACCAACGGCAAGAAGACGUCAGUCGUAUCGUCCGCCAAACCCGUCAUAACCCCCUCCUCGAUCCUCCCCGAUGCGCCCAGCGAUACUGUGCCGGCGUGGGUGCAGCCGGACCUCUCCCGCCUCCUCCGCGUCGAGCAUCUCCCCGGCGCAUUUGCCUCGCGCUCCGUCUCCCUCGUCGACCUCCCAGCCGGCGCCGUCUUCGCCCGCAUCACGAAUCCCACGCCCGCCUCGUGCGCGUACACCUCGGUGCAAGCCUCGCGCGACCUCCACAUCGAGCUGAACUGCGACCUGGUCUUCAUAAACCACUCGUGCCGGCCAACUCUCGUCUUCGACAUGGCGCGCUGGGAGGUCAGGGUGGACCCUGCGCUCAAGGGGGGACUCAAUGCCGGCGAUGAGCUCACCUUCUUCUACCCGAGCACGGAGUGGCACAUGGCGCAGCCGUUCGACUGCCGCUGCCAGGCCGCCGAGUGCAGAGGCACCAUUUCGGGCGCCAAGGACAUGUCGACUGAGGUUCUGAGCCGCUACUGGCUCAACGCGCAUAUUGAAGAGAUGUUGAAUGAGCAA